AUAAUGCUUUUCUUUUUCUUUUAUUUAAAUUUGGAAUGAACUGUCAUAAUUUAGGUCACGUAAAAAAAUAAUUCUUUUCCGCCUUUCUCGCGUCUCUAAACACGUUGUAUUAUUAUAACAAAACUAUGUCUCAGGCUACGACAUCUGCUUGCUUUUUUGAACCGACUUUUCAAACAACAAAAAGAGGUGGGCGCAUGUUAUGUCGGGCUGGCUACACCUACAUAAUGAAAAGAGUCAAUAAAGACGCCUCGGAGCUAUGGAGGUGCACGAAUAAGAACAAAGCCAAGUGCAACGCAACUAUAAAAUUUAAGGUGAAUCCUUAUGUGAUCCUCCAUGAAACCGUUCAUAACCACGCCCCCAAAGAUGAAGCGGAGCUAACAAUAGAGGGGGAAAUGAACAUCUGUUCGGAGAGAGUGCAGAAAAACAUCAAUGUGCCGGUCACACAAAUUUUUGAAGAGUCCUUACAGACCCUGCAAGAUAAAGGACUCAAUUUCCUUAAACCACUGCCCAAUUUUCGGAACAUUAAAAAUAAAUUGUACAGGGUUAGAAAUAAGUCGCAAGGCGUCACCAAACUCCAAUUUCACAAAGCCUGCGAUCUGGAAGUGCCUACAAAUCAAAAUUUGUUAUUUGCUGAAUACAAAGAUAAAAAGAAGCGAAUCCUCGUUUUCGCAAAAAAAGAAAUGAUUAAAUAUUUGAAAGAAAGCUCAAAAUAUUUUAUGGACGGCACAUUCAAAAUUUGUCCAAAGUGUUUCUGCCAAGUGUACACUCUUCAUGCAGACAUUGGCAGCAAUGAAGAGUAUGUAAAUGUGGUUCCCGUACUAUAUGCAUUGCUUCCCGAUAAAACAAGGGCUACAUAUGAAAUUUUAUUUCAGAUGAUAAAAAGCCAAGUGAAAGAAUGGAAGCCUACACACAUUUCGAUGGAUUUCGAGGUAAGUGCCAUUUUAGCAAUAAGAAAUUUAUUUCCAGAUGUUAAAAUUGUUGGAUGCUAUUUUCAUUUUAAUCGUAGUUUAUGGCGAAAGGCAAAACAACUCGGGCUGAAUAAAUCAAAACUGUCUAUGAUACAUGUCAAACUGUGUGUCUGUGUGUUCAGGAACUAG